AUGUAUCGAUCAAUGGAGGUCCUUCUAGAAGAGUCAGAGAAGGCUGUGGCUGAUCCAAACAGGGAUUUCUCUACCAGGUCACUGUCUUCUCGUCACAGGGCCAUUGACCCAAUCACACUUUCCAUCGUGGGUGGAGCAGCCACCUUCAUUACUGCACUGGUUGCAUGGCAGAUCAAGGGUGCAUUGAAGAGAAGGAAAGUUCAGAAUGGCCAGAGGCUCAUGGAGGGCGGCCUGGUGUUCACUUCAGCCGACUUCAUCGAUGAAGACAUGAGCUUGAUGUUCAGGGACUGGCAUGGAGAUCUGAACCCAGUAUGGAGUGACGCUGCAGAGCCCAGGCCAAUGGCACUGGGCAAAGUCCCUCCGGGCAAGUUUCCUCAGGUGCAAACCCCACCAGAGGGCAGCCCUGCUGUGAGCCACCAACAUGGCAGUCAACACUUCGAUGAGCAUACUGCCGACCAUGUGCCACAAUCGGUGUUCUCUCAGGCACCGCAGGUGCAGCCAGGCUCUGUUGAGCCAGUUUGGCAACAGACCCAGCCAGCCAUGAAACUCGAUGGUGGCCAAGCGCUCGCUGAGCCAUCCGAUGCCAAUCUGGAACCACAGCUCGCAAGGAACCUCCCAUUGCCUGGUCGAGGACAAAUUGCAAAGCAACCAAGAUUGUCCAAAUACCAGCUGUGGCCAUGA